CCUUUAGUCAUGUGAACACAAAAUCAAAACGAAGACGCAAUUCAAGCUCACAGCACAUGGGUUUUCUUGGCAAUGCACAAAGUGGAAGUACAUAGAGUUUGCAUAUAUAUAAUGUUCAUCUACCACAAGAAUCAGAUAAACCAAACAAAGCCCAGUUCAACUUCUCCAGUUUUCCUCCUUCCCAUUCUUGAACUCCCAGAGAAUGAACUACUCAAUCCAAACCCUUCUUCUUCUCGUUCUUGUUUUCCUCACUGUGCAAACCCAAUCUCAAAGCACUGAAAGCAGUGAUCUAAUAUCCAAAACUUGCAAGAAGACACCCUACUAUGACAUAUGUCUCUCAUCUCUCCAAUCAAGCCCUCAGAGCUCAAACUCAGACACUGCAGGCCUGGCUCACAUAAUAGCUGAUCUUGUUCUCUCCAAUGCAACUGAUACACUGGAUUACAUCCAUGGCCUGCUCAAGCAAUCCCCAGAAGCAGAUAUUCAGAAGCCUUUGGCAAACUGUGCAGAGUUGUACAUUCCAGUUGUCAAGUACACUCUCCCAGAGUCAAUUGAUGCACUCAGCAAUGGCCAUUAUGGGUUUGCCAACUAUGGCAUUUCUGAUGCUGCAAAGGAAGCUCAGGCUUGUGAGAAGGGGUUCUCCGGAACAACCAAGUCGCCGCUGACAGAUAGGAACACUCUUGUGAGCUGCCUCUCUCAGGUGGCUGUGGCUAUUAUCAAUUUAGUGCAGGGAUGAUUUUCGGCUAUCAUGUACUUACUACUAUUUAUUUCUUUGAUCGUGUAAUCUUAGUCCAGAUAUAUA